AUGGAGAUCAUGGAUCCCUUCGCCUACGAGCUUCUCAGUCAACCGCUGCCCCCCGGCUUCGAUCCAUUCUCCGGCAGCGGCGGUGGCUACGAGGCCAUGGACAUGGAGCAGCUGGACAACUACUUCCGCGCCAUCGGAGUCCUCCCUCCGCUUCCGCCCGCCAACGCGCACGUCCAGCCGGCGCCCCCUGCUUCGUCCUACGAUGACGACGGUGCCGCCGCCCUGGCUACGUACGACAGCGACGACGACGACAUCGGCGCCAGCCUCCGGGACAUGGAGACAGACACCAGGCAGCGGCCGUCGCCGGGCUGCACGGCCCCGCUGGCGCGUGCCGCGCUGGUCCAGUGGAUGCACGACUUCGCGCGGCACUUCGGCGUCGGCCAGGACGCGCUCCACCGCGCCGUCAGCUACGCCGACCGUUUCCUCUCAGCGAGCGCCGCCGUCACGGGCGCCGACAUCCGCAACGACUACCAGCUCCGUCUCCUGGGCGCGGCGGCGGUCUACGCCGCGUCCAAGUACGAGGACAGCAGGGACACCGCGCAGAGGAUGAUGAACGCGAGAGACAUCGCCGUCUGCUGCGGGUUCGCGUCGAGCCGGGAGGUGCUGGACGCGGAGCGCGCGCUGCUCGCGGCGCUCGGGUACCGGCUCGGCGGGCCCACGGCGCACACGUUCGUGGAGCACUUCACGAGGCGGCACGUCGGACAGGAGGUGCGGCGCAGGGCGCACGCCCUCGCCGACUCGUCGCUGUUCGACCACCGCUGCGUGAAGCUCCUGCCGUCCGCCGUGGCGGCUGCCGCGGUCCUGCUCGCGAGGCUGUGCCUGGAGCCGGCGCACUCGCACGACCGCGAGCAGGUACGGAGGUGGAGCAAGGAGCUCGAGGGGCUCACCGGGUACAAGCCCAUGGACGUGUACGACGGACUGGACUGCAUGUACGACAUGUUGCCUGAUGAUCCUGGCUUCGACCUCUCUCCACUGCUCUUCGCGGAUCCGAUCCCGAGCUAG